AUGUUUGCAUCCGCCUCGCGGGGAGGAAACUCCAUGUUGUAACAAAGUUUCCUCCGUGCCCCCUCCCUCCCCCUCCCCCCUAGAACCUGGCUCCCCUCCCCUUAGAAGCUCGCGGGGAUCCCUCCCUCCCAUCCCUCCCCUCCCCCCCGCGCCCCGAUUCCGGCCCGAGCCGGGGGGGAGGCCGGGCUCCCGGGCCAGAGUCCGGCCGGAGCGGAGCGCGCCCGGCCCCAUGGACAGCUCGGCCGUCAUUACUCAGAUCAGCAAGGAGGAGGCGCGGGGCCCGCUGCGGGGCAAAGGUGACCAGAAGCCAGCUUCCCAGAAGCCCCGGAGCCGGGGCAUCCUCCACUCACUCUUCUGCUGCGUGUGCCAUGAUGACGGGGAGGCCCUGCCCGCCCACAGCGGGGCACCUCUACUUGUGGAGGAGAAUGGCGCCAUCCCCAAGCAGACCCCGGUCCAGUACCUGCUCCCCGAGGCCAAGGCCCAGGACCUGGACAAGAUCUGCGUAGUCAUCGACCUGGACGAGACCCUGGUGCACAGCUCCUUCAAGCCAGUGAACAACGCUGACUUCAUCAUCCCUGUGGAGAUUGAUGGGGUGGUCCACCAGGUCUACGUGCUGAAGCGGCCCCACGUGGAUGAGUUCCUGCAGCGAAUGGGCGAACUUUUUGAGUGUGUGCUGUUCACUGCCAGCCUUGCCAAGUACGCAGACCCAGUAGCUGACCUGCUGGACAAGUGGGGGGCCUUCCGGGCCCGGCUGUUUCGAGAGUCCUGCGUCUUCCACCGGGGGAACUACGUGAAGGACCUGAGCCGGCUGGGCCGAGACCUCCGGCGAGUGCUCAUCCUGGACAACUCACCUGCCUCCUAUGUCUUCCAUCCAGACAACGCCGUACCCGUGGCCUCGUGGUUUGACAACAUGAGUGACACAGAGCUCCAUGACCUCCUGCCCUUCUUUGAGCAACUCAGCCGUGUGGACGACGUCUACUCAGUGCUCAGGCAGCCGCGGCCGGGGAGCUAGUGAGGCUGAUGGGGCCUGGACCUGCCCUAGCCGACGCCUGUACCUCCUCACACGCAGACUCUGUGCGGCGCCCAUGCUCUUUAUUAAGAAAACCCAUGAGCUGCCACCACACUCAUUGCCAUGGGGAAGCAGGCAUCUCCCUCUCCAGCCUCGCCAGGCUGCGUAGGGGCAGCAGACUGCACCGAGUGCCUUUGAACCUCUUCUCCCUUCUUGGGGGAUCUGGGAGACCCUGCCUGCUGCUCCUCCUUUCUGUCUCCUCUCUCUGCACUGCCAUGUUUCUCUGCUGCCAAAUUGGGCCCCUUGGCCCCUUCCAGUUCUGCUUUUUUGGGGGGGGUCGGGUCCAUUCUGUUGCCCAUGCCUUGGACCCCUAGCCUGGGAACUGUGGAUACUAAGUGCCUUGCAUAGAGCCCCCUCUUCCCUGCCCAGCUUUCCCAGGGCCAUGGGGCCACGAAUCCAGGUCAGCUCUUGCCUGAAACAGCCCACAGGUUGCUGUAGUCUAAGCUGGUCAGGCUCUAUCAGUCCCUUACUUGGGACUGAUAGAGCCUCCACCAAUCUCUGCCUCCAAGGGAGGGGAGGGGAGAAGGUCUGUCACCACUUGUGAGGUGAACAGGGGUCCAUCCUUCAUGACCCCACAGUCCGGCUUUUCCAGAGCUGAGGGCUGCUCCCUGUAUCACCCAAGCCCCGACCCCUAACAACUGCCUUAAUCACCCCAAGGCCCUGGGGCUUGGCUCCCCCAGCUCUGAGUGUGGGGGUAUAGGCAGGACCCUCUUGUGGUGCCAUAUAAAUAUGUAUAUGUGUAUAUAGAUUUUUAGGGGAAGGGGAGAGGGAAAGGUUGGGGUGGAGACACCCCUCCCUUGCCCCUGUCCUGGGCCCAGAUAUUGGGGGGAGGGAGGGAAAGAAUUUUUACAUUUUUUAAACUGCUAUUUUCUGAAUGGAACAAGCUGGGCCAAGGGGCCCCAGGCCCUGUCUUCUGUCCUUCAUUCCCCCUUUUCUCUACUCAUUCAUUCAGAAAACAUUUAUUGAGCACCUUCUGUGCCCAGCACUGUGCUAGGCCUACCAGCUAAGUGUGUGGGGGGGAGGUCUGUACACCACUGAAUUGGUGCCUCCCCCACCCACCCUCAGACUUCACCAGUGCCUUUUGGGGAUCUAUAGGAGGUGGGACGUUCUUGUGGGGUUUGGGGGUCUCCAGGAAGCCUGGCCAAGCUGUCCCCCUCCCCUGUGCCAACCCACCCCCUGUAGCACCUUGCCUUGCCCCCUGCUGGCUGGGGGCAGCUCCCAGGACAUCCUGCCUUCCAACUCUGACUCCUGUUUCAGAACCCCCUCCCUGUACAUGCCGAGUCUGGAGGUGUAGGCCUUGGGCUCUCCCCAGGGUCUAACAGUUAAGGGGACCCACAUACCAGUGCCAAGGGGGAUGUCAGGUGGAGAUGUCAUUGUUCCCCACCCUGCAGAGCUGGUGGGGGGAAGAAGGAUAUGGUUGGCUUGAAUCGGUGACCUUCCCGUUUAAGUGCCUUCUCCCUGACUGUGUGAUGAGAACUAAAGAGAAAGCCAGAGCCCCCCA